AUGGAUUAAAAUCAGCCUCCUAGAGAUUAAUAGAUACAAGACAGAUUAUUAAAUGCUAUAGAUAUGGUAGAAAAACAAUUAGGUAAUAUUACAACUAAUAACUUGAAUAAUAUAAUAAUAUUGAUUGGAAAAACAGGUUCUGGAAAGAGCACAAUUUUUAAUUUUUUAUGUGGAGCAAAAUUUUAAAUAAUUCAAGAUUAAGAUGAAAAAGAAGUAUUAGAUCUUCUGGUUGAAUCAGAUUAGUUUUAAAAGAUGAAAGGAGGUUUAGAUUCAACAACAAAAUUCCCAAAAAUUUAUUAUUCAUAAUAGUAUUAACAUUCAAUAAUUGAUUAUCCUGGAUUUAAUGAUACUGAAAAAAAAGAUUAGUUAGAAAUUUAAUUAUUGUUUAAUAAAAUUGUGACUAUACAUUAAAUAAAAAUUGCUUAUGUAAUUUAUAAUGCAAUUGAUUAAUUUUAAAAUAAAGCUGAAGAUCUUUAAGAAUUUAUUCGUGAAACAGAAAUUGAUUUAAGUAAACUAACUGUAAUUAUUAAUGGUUAUUGUAAAAACAGAUCUGAUGAAAAAUUAAUUGCUGACUUUUAGCAACAAUUAAAAUAGAAAUUCUAAAAAUCAGCUUUAAAAAUGAUUAUAUAAAGAGAUGCUGAUACUUAAGAAAAAAUAGAAAAAUAUUUUUCAGAAGAAUCUAGAAACAAGCUAUGGUUAAACUUAGUUUAAUCUGAAGUAAUAUAAAUGAAAAGAUAUGAAUUAAAUGCUUAUAAAGAUGCUGAUUAUUAUAUAAGCAAAAAGAGUUAUGAAAUAUAGAAGAUUUUAAUAGAUUAUAUUGAUAAAUAAAAAAUUAAAUAAUAUACAAUAUUUUAAUUAGAAGAGUUUAAAAAAAAUAUUGAAGAAUUGGAUAAAAAAAAAACAACCUUAAAAAGUUUUAUUGAUGGAAAUAUAAAUGUGUUAAAUUAAAUUAUGAAUUAUUGUGAUUAAUUUAAUGAGGAUGAAAUUAUUGCAACAUAAAGAAUAUAUUUAUUUUUUUUGGAUUCUGAAAAUGAAUUUAGAUAAAUGGAUAAUUACAUUAGGGAUGUUUAUAAAAAUCUAGUUCUUUGUAUUGAAUUUUUAAAUAUUAAACUUUAAUUCCUUGAAGAAUUGAGAAAAGCAGAAGAUAGAAUACUUUAAAUAUAAGAAGAAAAAAAAACUAUGAAAAAUGAAAAAAGGGAAGUGGAAGAUAAUUUAAAAAAAGUAUAAAAUGAAUUAAAAUUAAAAAAUGAUGAAUUAAUAAAUACUAAAGAAAACUUUUAAAAUUAAAUUUUUGAAUUACGUAAAAUAAAAGAUGAAACAUAGUUGAUUUUAAAUGGAUAAUUAAAUGAAAAUAAAAAUUUAUAAGAAAUUAUAAUAAAAUUGGAAUAAGAAUUAGUAAUUCAAAAAGAAAAUGAAAAAAUGCUAAAUGAAAUUAGACUUGAAAAAUAAGAAUUGAACCAUAAAAUUUAAGAAUAAUUAAUGAUAAUUCAGGAUUUGAAAAGUGAAUAGUAAAGGUUAGAUCAAAAAAAUAAGGAAAUUGAAAAACAAUAUAGCAAUAAUGUUGAAAAAUUAGAAAAUAGCUUAGAUUCCACAAUUGAAGAAUUAAAAGAAUUUAAAAAAAUAAAUAUGGAAAUUUAAGAAGAAAAGAGAAAAUUAGAAGAUUAAUUAAGUAUAGUCAAAGGAUAACAUAAAGAAAUAGAAUCUGAUUUAAAAAUAUCUAGAAAAGAAUUUGAUUAACAAAAAGAAGAGUUUUAAUUGUUAAAAAAUAUCUCUAAUACCCAAAUCUAACGUCAAAGUUAAGAAAUAGAUGAUUUAAAUUAACAAAUUUAAAAAUUGAAACAGGAAAAAGAGUAGCUUUCAAAAUAAAUGAAAAAAUAGGAAGACGAAUAUUAUGUUGAAAAAAAAUAAUUUAGGGAUAACGAUUUUUAACUUCAAAAAUCUUUAUAAAAUGUAUAACAAAAAAAUGAAGAAUUGUAAAAAGAAUUGAAUUCAAAAACUCGAGAUUUAAAUAGUAGAAAUAAUGAAUUUUAAGAUCUGAAGAAAUAAUUUAGCAAUUCAUAGAAUGAAUUAAAAACAAAAAUAGAUGAAGUGAAGCAUUUAGAAAAUAAAUUAAAAACAACAGAAGAAUAAAAUAGAGAUUAAUUAAAUAAAUCUAACAGUUUAUUAGAAAAAACUAAAAGAGAUAAUGAAGAAUAUAAAAGGUUGAAGGAAUAAGAGAUUUAACAAAUUAAAUUGAGGUCUUUGUAAAUUAGAUUCUAAUUGUUAGAGAAUAAUUCUAUUAAAUAAUAAAAUCCUUGUUAUGCUGUAGCUAUUAAUAAAGAUAAUUCAAUAGUUAUAGCAAGUAGUGGCAAUUUAAUUAAUGUCUAUGAUUUAAAAUAUGGAAAAUUAAAUAAAAGAUAAGCAUUAGAUUAACAUAAAGAUUUAGUUUAUACAUUAAAUUUUAUGAAAUAAUCAAAUAUGUUUAUAUCAGGAAGUCACGAUUAAUUAAUCAUAGUAUGGUAAAUGAAUUAAGAUAAAUAAUGGACUUAUUAAUAAAAAAUAUUUGGACAUUAUGGUAGUAUUCGCUGUAUAUUAUUGAAUAAUGAAGAAGAUCUGAUUAUUUCAGGUAGUGUUGAUGGUUCAAUUAAAUUCUGGGAAAAAUAAUCAAAAUGGACAAUUUAAUAAACUAUAACAGAACAUACAGAUUAUGUAUACUAAUUAUGUUUGAAUGAAAAAUAAGAUAAAUUGAUUUCUUGUUCAGAUGAUUCAUAAAUAUUUAUCAUUUAAUAAAAUUAUGAUAAAAAAUGGAUUGUAAAAUAGAAGAUAACGGUAGAUAAAUAUGGCUAUCGAUUGUGUUUUAUAAAUAAUAAUUAAUUUACAUUUUAACCUUAUGCUUAAGAAUAAUUGCAUAUUUACGAGAUUAAUGAUAGUAAAACUAUUAAGAUCAAAUCUCUUAAUAUAAAAUGUGGAUCUUUGAGUUGUGAUGAUCUAUUUCCAUCUAAAUAUAUAUAAUCAAAAAGUCUAUUGGUCAAUAAAAAUGGAUAAUAUAUCAAUUUAAUUAGAAAAAAAGAAAAUGGAGAAUUUUUUGUUGAAUAAACUAUUGAAUUUGAUGAUGAUUCUGUUUAUGGAUCAAUUAGUGAUGAUGGUCAAUAUUUGAUUACAUGGGAUAAUGCUACAUAGGAGAUAUAAAUAAGAAAUUCUUAAGAAUUAUGA